AUGAGUGAAGAAAAAAGCUUUGGUAUAUCCCAGAAAAUGUUGUCUCCUUCAAGAAGUACUAGCAGCUGCUCCUCUAAGCAGGGAAGCCGACAGGACAGCUGGGAAAUAGUAGAAGGACUCCGGGGAGCAAUGAAUUGUACCCAGGAGCCACAGAAGCAGGAGGGCUGCUUGCUGAAAAAGAGGAAAUGGCCUUUGAAGGGCUGGCACAAGAGAUACUUCUUUUUGGACAGAGGGAUUUUGAAGUAUUCUAAAUGCCAAGCUGAUAUAGAGAGAGGGAAGCUUCAUGGUUGUAUUGAUGUUGGCCUUUCUGUCAUGUCUGUAAAGAAAUCAACAAAAUGUAUAGAUUUGGAUACAGAAGAACAGAUAUACCAUCUGAAGGUGAAAUCUCAGGAGCUGUUUGAUGAAUGGGUAGCAAAACUUCGUCAUCACAGAAUGUACCGUCAGAACGAAAUCUCCAUGUUUCCGCAUGAUGUCAAUAAUCUUUUUUUCCCUGUGUCUACUACUGCGGACUCUGUCCCUGGUUUCUGCGAUUCUGCUCCAGGUAGAAAGGCAGGCAGCUUGACCAAACAGAAUUCAUUGUCAGCUGUAGGUAACUUGUCAUUUUCGUUUUCGAGUAAUGAGUCUAGGAUUUCAUCUUGGCUGCAGUCUUCUGAAGACAUGGUAAAAUGCUCAAGAGACCUCUCCAGCUGUCACGCAUAUCUACUGGAAAUGAACCAGCUGUUACAGAGCAUGGAUGUUCUUCACAGGACAUAUUCAGCGCCUGCUAUAAAUGCUAUGCAGGUUGGACCUUUUGAAAGCCCAAAGAAGGAAAAGAGAACACACAGGAGGUGGCGAUCCAGAGUUGUUGGGAAAGAGGCUAAAGGAAUGUUACAGGUGCCUUCAGUAUUUUCUGCCCCUAUGAGGCUGCAUGCUUCCAAUCCUAACUUAUCUACAAUAGAUUUUGUAGAGGAGAAAAAUUACUCCGAUGGCUCUGAAACAUCAUCAGAAUUUACUAAAAUGCAAGAGGACUUAUUUCACAUCGCACAUAAAGUUUACUUCAGCUUGAGGUCAGCUUUCAGCACCAUAUCUACAGAGAGAGAAAAGCUGAAGCAGAUGCUAGAGCAUGAUGCAUCCUCAUCUCCAUCUGCACAAAUAGUUGGCUUGAAGAAUGCCUUAACAUCCGCAAUAGCACAAAACACAGAUCUUAAAGACCGGUUACGCAGAAUACAUGCCGAAUCUAUGAUCCUUGAUUCAGCAUCUAAUGCAAAAUCAAGUCCAGAUUUGGUGAAGGAAAAUUCGAGAGAAGAAAGCAGAGCUCUGGUUCACCAGGUUUCCAAUGAAAGCAGACUCUCUAUAGCUGACUCUCUCACAGAAUUUUUUGAUGCACAGGAAGUCCUACUGUCUGCUAGCUCUUCAGAAAAUGAGGUGUCAGAUGAUGACUCAUACGUAAGUGAUAUCAGUGAUAAUGUCUCAGAAGAUAACCUAAGCAAUGACAUGGAGAAUGAAAGACAAACUUUAGACUGCAUUUCUGAAAGUGGAAUUGGAUGCAAUUCUAAAAGGAGAACAUGUCUACCAGCUCCAUGUCCUAAUACAAGUAACAUCAGCCUAUGGAAUAUCCUGAGAAAUAACAUAGGAAAGGACCUCUCCAAAGUGGCCAUGCCUGUUGAAUUAAAUGAGCCACUUAACACCCUUCAGCGUCUCUGUGAGGAGCUGGAGUACAGUGAACUACUAGAUAAGGCAGCGCAUACGCCUAACCCAUUUGAACGGAUGGUGCAUAUAGCUGCAUUUGCAGUCUCUGCAUAUGCAUCCAGUUACUACCGAGCUGGAAGUAAGCCAUUUAAUCCUGUGCUUGGAGAAACUUAUGAAUGUAUUCGUGAAGAUAAGGGUUUCCAGUUCUUUGCGGAACAGGUCAGUCACCAUCCACCUAUUUCUGCGUGCCAUGCUGAAUCUGUGAAUUUUGCUUUUUGGCAAGAUGUAAGAUGGAAAAACAAAUUCUGGGGAAAAUCCAUGGAAAUUGUUCCAGUUGGUACAACACAUGUAACUCUUCCAGCGUUUAAAGACCAUUUUGCAUGGAACAAGGUGACAUCUUGCAUCCAUAACAUCUUAAGUGGGCAAAGAUGGAUUGAACACUAUGGAGAGAUCAUCAUCAAAAAUCUUAACGAUGACACUUGCCACUGCAAACUGACUUUCAUAAAGGCAAAAUACUGGAAUCCAAAUGCACAUGAGAUUGAAGGCAGUGUCGUGGAUAAAGCUGGGGAAGUUGUGCAUCGAAUCUUUGGGAAGUGGCAUGAUAGUUUAUACUGUGGGACAACUUCAUCUUCAAACUGCAUAUGGAGAGCAAAUCCCAUGCCUAAAGAUUAUGAACAGUGGUAUGGAUUUACUCAAUUUGCACUGGAGUUAAAUGAACUGGAUCAGCAAACCAGGUCAUUACUCCCAUCCACUGAUACACGUUUUAGGCCAGACCAAAGGCUUCUAGAGGAAGGGAAUAUUGAAGGAGCUGAAAUGCAAAAGCAGAGGAUCGAGCAGCUACAGAGAGAACGACGGAAGGUGCUGGAAGAAAACAAUCUAGAGCACCAGCCUAGAUUUUUCAGGAAAUCCAGCGAUGACUCCUGGGUCAGCAAUGGAACCUACAUGGACCUUAGAAAAGAACCUGGUUUUUCCAAACUGGACAAUCCUGUCCUCUGGUGA